CUGGACCAUUUGUCGAAAACAUCCGUUAAAGCAUAUUUGCCAUUAAUUAGCAGGCAUAUUUUACAUUAUUUCAAGAAUACCCAUUCUAUUCGCAGCUGAGAAUACAGGUUCUGCGCAUGCGCGACAUAGCCCAAGAUGGAGUCCCUGGCGUUCCCACGGCAUUCGAGUGUUCGCAGUUCAACGUCGUCCAUCGUUGAAAUAAGGGCAUAUAAAUAGAAGAGUAGCCAUUAUUUUCGAAGCAGAGAACAGGUUCUGCGCAUGCGCGACAUAGCUCAAGGUGGCGUCCCUAGCGUUCCCACGACAGUCCAGUGCUCGCAGUUCAUCGUGAUGCAUCGUUGAAACGAAAACAUUUUAAUUCAACAGCAGCUAUUAUUCUCAAAUCAGAGGACAGGUCCUGCGCAUGCGUGAAGUAACACAAGAUGGCGUCCAUGGCGUUCCCACAGUAUGGACGAGUCCACUUUUCAUCGUCGUGCAUCCUUGUAAUGUGAACACAUUAUUUCAAGAGAAGAGAAGCCAUUAUUUUCGAAGGAGAUAAAAGAACACGAUGAUGGAUGACACAAGAAAAAUUUAUCCUGAAGAGGAUGAUACUAAUUUUUACUUUGAAUCUGAUCAUUUGGCUUUAAAAGGAAAUAAAGAUUAUACAUCACUUUUGAAAACAAUUGUGAUACUUGAAAGUCAAAGAUCGCAGGCAAUUGCCGAUCUUGACAAACUCGCAUUUUGUCGGUCUGAAGCAAUUAAAGAUCCAAUUUCGUUUGUUGCAAAAUUACAAAACGGCGAUGAUGUUGAAUUUCCGGGUCCGCAAACAAUUGCUGAAAUUCCAUUUAUCGAUUGGUCACAAUAUAAUGUAUCUACACCGGAUAUGAAAUUACGACCACAAACUAGACACGCGAAUGUCAGUACUAGAUCGAACAUUAAAGUGGAAUACGACGAGUCGAAGAUAUUAGUUAGAGGUCGUGCAUUUGAUGAGAGUAAACCAGAGACUUUUAAUCAACUAUGGACGUUCGAAGAACAAAAACGUUUAGAAGAACUUUUAAUAGAAUAUCCACCAGAGGAAAUUGAAAUGCGACGUUGGACAAAAAUCGCCAAUGCUUUAGGUAACAGAACGCCAAAGCAAGUGUCCAGUCGUGUUCAAAAAUAUUUUAUAAAAUUAUUACGCGCUGGUUUACCGAUUCCUGGUCGAGGACCAAAAGUGAAAUUGGAUACAAGAAGAAAUUUAACACAUCGACAUCAAAGACAUAAUCAACAAGUUUACAAAAAAUCAACAUUCUUUCCACAUCAAGAAAUUUCCUGUGGCAAUGAGGAUUCGAAAAAUCAAAUGGCACACGAUGAAAUUGGUGAAAGUACUGGAAACGGAAGUGACGAAGACAUUCCUGAAAUGAGACAAAUUGAACUUUUACGACAAGUAAAGGAUGAGAAAGAGACAAUUAGCAACGUUCCCUUCGAGCAUGUUGGUUACAAGUGCUUUGUGUGCGGAGAAGAACCUCUAAAAGGAACACGUUGGCAUUGUACAAGAUGUUCAGAAGGUGUGGAUAUGUGCGCUGAUUGCGCGGUUGCACAAUUGGAAGCAGAAACACCAGUUCACAAUCCAAUGCAUUCAUUGACGCCAAUUCGACCUCCAAAUUAUAUUAGAAGCUAUGAUUUGGAUUAUCUUCCCCAAAGUUUCAAUAGCAAUACCUACAAUUAUUUGGAUCCAAAUUUUUGUCCAGAAUAAUGAAGAAUUUUUUUUUAUUCUCG